AUGCUCCCCAAUGGCACCUGCCCCAGGCUUCCGGGCGGUGCAGGCAGCGACAGCGGCGACAGCGGCAGCGGCGACAGCGGCAGCGGCGGCAGCGACAGUGGUGGCGGAGAAGCCGGGGGCGCCUCGGAGGAGGCGGCGGCGGAGGGCAUGGACUCGGGCGGCAGGAAUUCCUCUGGCGCUCCGAACAGUACCCUGAGUGAGUCUCAGGGCAGCGCCAUCCUCAUCUCAUUCAUCUACUCCGUGGUGUGCCUGGUGGGGCUGUGCGGCAACUCCAUGGUCAUCUACGUGAUCCUACGUUAUGCCAAGAUGAAGACAGCCACCAACAUCUACAUCCUCAACCUGGCCAUUGCGGAUGAGCUGCUGAUGCUUAGCGUCCCCUUUCUGGUUACCUCCACGCUGCUGCACCACUGGCCCUUUGGCUCCCUGCUCUGCCGCCUGGUGCUCAGUGUGGAUGCCAUCAACAUGUUCACCAGCAUCUACUGCCUGACCGUGCUCAGUGUGGACCGUUACAUCGCUGUGGUGCACCCCAUCAAGGCGGCCAGAUACCGCCGGCCCACUGUGGCUAAGAUGGUCAAUCUGGGUGUCUGGGUGCUUUCCAUCCUCAUCAUCUUGCCCAUCAUCAUCUUCUCCAACACAGCAGCCAACAGUGAUGGAACAGUGGCUUGCAACAUGCUCAUGCCAGAGCCCACCCAGAGAUGGCUGGUGGUCUUUGUGGUCUACACCUUUCUGAUGGGCUUCUUGCUGCCUGUGGUGGCCAUCUGUCUCUGCUACAUCCUCAUCAUUGCUAAGAUGCGCAUGGUGGCCCUGAAGGCUGGCUGGCAGCAACGCAAACGCUCAGAGCGCAAGAUCACCCUCAUGGUCAUGAUGGUGGUGAUGGUCUUUGUCAUCUGCUGGAUGCCCUUCUACAUUGUGCAGCUGGUCAAUGUCUUUGUAGAGCAGGAUGAUGCCACUAUCAGCCAGCUCUCUGUCAUCUUGGGGUAUGCCAACAGCUGUGCCAACCCUAUCCUCUAUGGUUUUCUCUCAGACAAUUUCAAGCGGUCCUUCCAGCGGUUGCUCUGCCUCAGCUGGAUGGACAAUGCUGCAGAGGAACCCAUCGACUACUAUGCCACUGCCCUCAAGAGCAGGGCAUACAGCGUGGAGGACUUUCCCCCGGACAACUUGGAGUCAGGGAGCAUGUACAGGAAUGGCACUUGCACCUCCAGGAUUACCACCCUCUGA